UAACCCGCAGCUCACCAACGACCACCGUCGACAACAUCAUCGAAAAUGUAAGGAACCCGGCCGCAGACACAAUAUCCAUCGAUCGAGAAGCAAUUGCGACUGUCCUACGACCUCCCCGACUCGCGAUGCUGCUCCCAGAGCGACUCGAGAAGUGGCGAGCCCCUCUUUGCACAAUCUUCCUACACGCCGCCUACACCACACCACGAGAGCAGAGUACUGACGGAAAUGUCUAACAGGGUCAACCUCCGCACGCAGAAGCGCCUUGCGGCCUCCGUUGUCGGCUGCGGCAAGCGCAAGAUCUGGCUCGACCCCAACGAGACCAGCGAGAUCGCCAACGCCAACUCUCGCCAGACCAUCCGCAAGCUCGUUCAGGAUGGCCUCAUCAUCCGCAAGCCCGUCACCAUGCACUCGCGCGCCCGUGCCCGUGAGCUGACCGCCGCCCGCCGUAUCGGUCGUCACCGUGGUUUCGGUAAGAGGAAGGGUACCGCCGACGCUCGUAUGCCCAGCCAAGUCCUCUGGAUGCGCCGUCUCCGUGUCCUCCGCCGUCUAUUGGUCAAGUACCGCGCCGCCGGCAAGAUCGACAAGCACCUCUACCACGAGUUGUACCACCUCUCCAAGGGUAACACCUUCAAGCACAAGCGUGCCCUCGUUGAGCACGUACGUCCACCCUGACAUGACAUCAUAAUUCUGUCACCCUCGCUCAGAGUCCGGCUACUGACAU